UGGGCUACUCGACAUCGUCUCCCUCGGCAACCUCAGGGGGCGGACAAAGUAAUUCACCGGUAUGUUGGAGAACCUAAGUCUCCUUUUCCCGACUAAGUUUCCUUUUCCCGAUAUUCUUCCAUUGUCGACGUUACCACAACAGCAUCACCAACUCUUUCAUACAUUAUGCCUACAUGCCAGAACUGCACUACUUCGACCACCCCGCUCUGGCGACGCGAUGAACUCGGUUCCGUACUUUGCAAUGCCUGCGGCUUGUUCUUGAAGCUGCAUGGCCGACCUCGACCGAUAAGCCUGAAGACAGAUGUUAUCAAGAGUCGCAACCGCGUCAAGAGCUCAGGGGCUGCACAAGGCGCAAAGAAGAAGACCGUGUUCGACUCCAAUGGCCUCGAUCAAGCGCGAUCGCAAGCAGGAACACCACCCCCAGGAUCCAUCGGUCAUCGUCGCACUUCACAAAAAUCUGCAAAUGGCCAUUCUGAGGGUUCGAAUUCCCCCAUCUCACGAACUGGCACCCCGUCGAUGUUCCCGAACCAUCUUUCUGCGUACAACGGCCACCCGCUCGAUGACCCGUACAACAAUCACCAUUCCCCUUCCCUCCCACCAAUGCACCUUCGUGCCCCUUCUCCUGGCCGAUCUACCUCCCCAUUGAACGGAGCGCAUGGGCUCGAAGUUCCACAAACAUACGAGCAGCUUAUCGCCCAGAACUCUUCGUUGAAGACUCGGGUCAGCGAACUGGAAGUCAUCAACGAUCUGUACCGCGAUCAAGUUAACAAACUAGAACAAUACAGAGACAGCGUCAGACGCGGUGGAGAGAUGAGACGAGAUUCAGAGCAAGACCUAAUGAGACGCCUAGAGGAAUCCCAACGUCGCGAAAAUCAACUCAAGCACCGCCUGGACGACAUUGAGCGUGAAAUGGGUGAAGCUCGUGAUGGAGCCCCUCAUGCCAAGAAGAUGAGAGUAGCAGACAUGGUCGGCGACAGUGAAUCGUCCACUCCACAAUCCCUUCCUCGCCAAACCUCGCCCUCACCAUGAUCUCGAUAGCCCCCCGGUGAAGGCAUAUGGACCCAUCUGAAGCGGGAACGGCGGCUUUUUCACAAAUUCCUUCACUGUCGAUGAUACCAACAUAACGAUCUUUCCUUUCACCUCACUUGCUUGCUU